AUGAACGGGCUCAAGGCGUUCGAGCGCGCGCUGGAGAGCGAGGAUGGGAUGAGCCUCGAGACGCGACGGGAGCUGUGCUACUGCGCGAUGUGCUGCAGCGCGGCGUUCGGGGACGUGGAGUCGGCGAAGAUGUACCUGCGGGAGAUGCAGGCGUGCGGGCUGGACUUCGAGACGGCGAUCGCGGAUCCGACGAUGAUGAGGAUGGAGUCGUCGGCGCUGAUGAAGAAUCAGUUGAAGAAGUUUGCGGCGGGGGAGGGGAAGUCGUUCGGGACGGUGCAGAGGGAACAGUAUGAGCGGGAUAAGGCGAACGCGGCGCCGACGCCGGCGACGAGCGUGAGCGGGUUGAGGGAUUUGGAGAUUAGCUCGGACACGGAUGAGAGCGUGGAGGCGAUCGUGAAGCGGGUGGGGAUUUUGAUCGUUCUUUCCGCGGUCGGGUUCGUGGCGCUGUUCAAGGGCGGGAUGGGGAUCAUGGAACCGGGGUCGUUGCCGUUUGAGGAAAUUUAUUGA